UACACUGUACACUGUACACUGUACACUGUACACAUGAUAUAAUAUACUGUUUACUAGGUUUUAGGUCGCUUGAUCUCCCCGUUCUUUCUGUCUAUAUAGGUAUUAUUGUACCGUGUUUGAAACAGCGAAAGACUUGUCGUUCGUUGUAUAUAACAACAACGACUGUGUUGCGUCAAGCUUUUAGCUGUAUUUGGAAUCGGAAUUCAACUGAGAUAUCAUGGCUGUCGCGAAUCGUAUAACGCAAUGGAGCAUCAUAUACAUGCUUAUUCUAUCAGUACCAGUCACAUAUUACCUGACACGUGACAUGGCAGCCGAAGUUGUACGUUGCUCAAUGAAGGAUGUAAAUUCUAUUGGAGCGGCCGUACCGAUGGAUUCCUGUCCGAAGAAGGUUGUCUGUCCCAAACCAGUGCAGUGUGAAGCCUGCGAGAAGGUCGGCUGUGACGAGUCAGUUAAGUGUAAAGCCUGUGAGCCAUGUGAACAGUGUGCAACACCCAAUUCUGCGAAGAGAACUACGGAUAAGGAAAAGAGUGAUGUGGGAAAUCAGAAGGAUAUAGAAAAAAAUGUUGUGAUCAAGCAGGAGGAAAUAGUAAAGAGUGAUUUGGGUAAUCGGAAAGACGAAGAGAUCAGUGGCGCACAAGACUUUUCGUGGCAAUUUGAACUUCUAGAUAUGUUAGUAGACAGCAAAUCAGACUAUCAGAAAUGUUUAAAUCCUGGAAAUGAUGUAACGAAAGGUUUGUUGGCCGAUCACAUGUCGAAGGAUUACCAGGCUACCGUGCUUCCCUGGGUAGCCGAAUUAUGCCCAGGUGUCGUUGAGCACUUUACAAUGUUCCCGUCGUUUGAUACUAUACCCGAUCUGGAAGAAGGUAAAGACCCGCCAGCACCUAUUCAAAAUACAGACUACGCAAUGAGAUCCACUUGUGCGUUGCAUAUCACACACACAAUAGCUAAGAAAAUCAAUGCCCCUAUGUACCUUCACGCUGGUAGUCAUUUGGGGGCUGUGCUGCAUGCAGGGCCUAUACCAUGGGACGAUGAUGUAGACGUAUUCAUAGGAUUGGAAUACGUUGAUGCGUUCCUGAUGGCUUGUAAAAAAUUUACGAUGCCCGAGGGUGCUAAACUUACCUGCUACAAGGAUUGGGAUGCGAUGAAGUUGUCCGUUACAGAUGUAUUAUCAGUACAGAGCCAACGUCAAUGGACGUCCCCGUUUAUAGAUAUGUUCGCCUUCAAAGAGAAGAACGGCGUCAUAUAUGAGGUGAAUAUGGACGGGGGACGUCGGGAACAGAACUACAAAGUGGAGGAGUACUUCCCGCCGAAAAUGUAUUACUACGCGGGUAUUGUACUACCCGGACCCAACGAGCAGAUUCCCAGAAACAGAUAUAGCGGGGCAAAAUGUUUCUUGUCGAAUUGGAAUCACAGGUGGGAAAUGCAGAUCCCAAGACAUAAGCAACUAGAUUGUUGCAUGCUCGCUAAAGACUUCCCCUUUGCCCAUUACGUCCAGUCGCCAACUGACAAGGAUGUCACAUACCAGCUGGUGAAGGUAGAUGGCAAAACCAAGCUGCUAACGAGUACCAAUAAGGCAAGCGGGGAGGUGAAGGUACAUAAAAGCCCUACUAAGAGUGUAGUCUUCUCUGGGAUCUCGAAUUAGUAGUGUAUAUGUCCCAAAUCGCAUUACCCCUUCAGUUAGGAAGCGCACCUUCACGACGACCUUAAAUCUUCAGGUAGGAGUCAAUGGCUUGCCACAGAUAUCGGAAAACAGUAUCCAGCGAUCACUAUGAAGUUGUGCACUGAUGAACUUCUAUGAGUGCUAGCCGUAAGUUAUGGCCCAUCUCUAAGUUGAAUUAAGCUGUACUGGGGUUGUGUUCAACUUAAGCUGUCUGGAAAUAUUCUUCCGAUUUCAAACUACGUAAGGUAGUGUACCAAUGAAUGUCAGGAAAGAGUUUAUGCUAUUACAUUAACCAGGGCCAAAGUCCGAGAGCUAUCUCGGAUUCUACAAAUGGGUUGGUAUUUCAUAAUGCCGACGGAGGUGAGGAAAGGACCUGCCUGGGACAUCUGAAGUUAAUAAUAGGCCCUUGGUUUUGGAAUUUUUUCUUCUGUUGUGUCUUCUGCUAGAGUUAAGUAAAGGUUGUACAGGAAUAGACUAUGUACACGGGGUCAACACUAUCUCGAAUACAAAUGUGUGUAGCCAUACACCACACAUUUUCUCCAAUACUAGCAAUUGGCGCAAUGUCAAUUAAAAUAUAAAUUAC